GUUCCUCUGCCCGGUUUUGACCAUCUCCCCUGGUAUCUCGACCAUCUUCUCGUUCGUUCAUCGUCUUGUAAGGGCAAACAAAAAGCAGAUCUUUGGCUUCAGACCCAACAAUCCGAGAUUUCGGAUUCUGCGGAAGAGAUGAGCCUCGUGUACGAUCACGAUUUCAAGUGCCCAGAAGCAGAUUUCAGAAAGAAUCAAGAUUUCAUGGAUCCUUAUUACCCAAAUCAUCGACAAGAACAGCUCAUUCACACCAAUGGUUCACCUCGUCACUGGUCAACUCCAAGCAAUUUCUCCGACGACACCUUCAAAAACGGCGGCGUCAAUGACAACUGCGAGGGCGGUUACAGGCCUUUCCAGCCUUCAAGCCCCCAAAUGGACAGUUUCUUUGCAGAGGUCAUUAAGACAGAGCAUAAGAAAGAGGCAAUAACGCAACAGAGCAGCAAUCUUGGUAUGCAGGACAGUUCGUUUGGUUUCAUGAACAAUGGUGGUCUCGAAACCCGAAUGCAGGCCAAACGUGUUCAUGAUAGUUUCAGAGGGUCUGGCCUUGUGAAGCAACAUAGCUCCCCUCCUGGUUUAUUGUCCAAUCUGAUGAUGGAAAACGAGUUUAGUUUCACCAGCGAUUUUCGGGAUCUCAAGAACUCGAAGGAUGUUCAUGGAGAAGCUAGUUCUUCGAAGAAAGUAGCAAACAAUCAUAUGGAUUUGGAACAUAGACCACAAUUGUCAAGAUCAAGCAUCAUGCCUCAUCAGGUUUCAGACAUUGGAAUUGACUUCUCGAGCGAUUCUUGGGACAAGACCUCUUUCAAUGUCUUUAAAGGAACUGGAGGCACUAAUAUUACGUUUUCGGGUUCCGAAACUCAGAAUGAGAAUUCACGGAACAGAUUGGUUCACCAUUUGAGCCAACCGAUAACUUUCUCCGAGAAGGAUACAGUGGAGAAGUUCUUGCAUUUUCAAGAGACCACGGUUCCCUUCAAAGUUCGGGCCAAACGAGGCUUUGCCACCCACCCACGAAGCAUCGCUGAAAGGGUGCGAAGAAACCGGAUUAGCCAACGGAUGAAAAGGCUUCAAGACCUUUUCCCGGAUAUGGACAAACAAACGAGCACGGCGGAUAUGUUAGAUAUGGCAGUCGAUCACAUUAAAGAACUUCAGAAGCAAGUAAAGGAUCUAAAUGAAUCAAGGGGCAAAUGUAGAUGUUCUGGUAAAGGAAAAGCAUAACGGAGUGUAUGGUUGUUCUUGAUCUGUUCCUUUUGAUGUUAUAGUGUAAGAGGAGAUGCCAAUUCUCUGUCUAGCUUGGUACCUGUGUAUAUGGAGAUUGAUCAAGUUGUUCGUCAUUGCUGUAUCUGCUUAUGAAAUAAAUAAAGUAUCUGAUUUUCCUAGUA